GCUUCGUCGAUUCAUCCCGCUCCGUCUCCAAUUUUCUGCCGUCUGUGCUUCCUGGUGUUCAAUUCCGUGCUACCUGCUCUCCAUCUCGCGACCAUGGCGGCUGCUAAUCCUGCCCCUCCUCGCGCCCUCUCGGCUAAGGAGCUGGACAUUCAGAUGAUGUUGGCCGCCGAGGUCCAUCUCGGAACCAAGAACUGUGAUUUCCAGAUGGAGCGAUACGUCUUCAAGCGUCGCAAUGAUGGUAUUUACAUCAUCAAUCUUGGCAAGACAUGGGAGAAGCUGCAUAUGGCUGCUAGGGUUAUUGUAGGCAUUGAGAACCCUCAGGACAUCAUUGUCCAAUCUGCUAGGCCUUAUGGUCAGAGAGCCGUCCUGAAGUUUGCUCAGUACACUGGAGCUCAUGCCAUUGCUGGUAGGCAUACCCCUGGUACCUUCACUAACCAGAUGCAGACCUCCUUCAACGAGCCUCGUCUCUUGAUCCUUACUGACCCGAGGACAGAUCAUCAGCCCAUUAAGGAAGCAGCUCUUGGAAACAUCCCAACCAUUGCCUUCUGUGACACUGACUCCCCCAUGAGAUACGUUGAUAUUGGCAUUCCUGCCAACAACAAGGGAAAGCACAGCAUUGGAUGCUUAUUCUGGAUUUUGGCACGCAUGGUUUUGCAGAUGCGUGGUACUAUUCCCCAAGGCCACAAGUGGGAUAUCAUGGUUGACCUAUUCUUCUACAGAGAACCCGAAGAAGCCAAACCACAGGAAGAGGAAGAAGUUGCUGCUGCUGCCGAGUAUGGGAUCACUGCUCCUGAUUAUGGCCAACCUUUGACUGACUGGAGUACACCUGGGGAUGUUCAGUGGGCUGCUGAUGCAGCUCAGCCUCCUAUUGCUGGUGUUCCAGCACCUUACUUUCCCGAUCAAGCUGCUGCACCCAUAGGCGGCGACUGGGAAACUGUACCAGCCGUUCCUUCUCCGUUUCCAGCUGCCACCGAACCUGCAGCCACAGGAUGGGAGUAAAGCUGUUCUUUCCCGUUGGAAUCUGUAGCUGUGAUUCACAUGUUCUAUUACUUCAAACAUCAGCGUUUUAAAGCACCCAGUUCUAGGCAUGAAUGUUUUGUUUGCAGUUUUCUUUUUGGGUUUGGUCUCAGUAAUGAUAGUUGUAGAAACCAAUUUGGGGGAGCGUUUUUUUGACAAUGAAGUAAGGUUUUGGUGAUGCUUCCUGAUAGUGUAUGUCUGUUUCUUGCAUUGCAAUCUUCAUACUCUUCUGUUUCAGAAGACUCGAAUCCGUCAAUUGCUCUUUGUUUUCGUUUGUGGCAUAUUCCUUGACUAUUGUGUCGAUAUUACUAGGAUGAUUUUAGCUUGCGUCACUGAAUCAGAUUUCCAGUAAUUAGGUUGAAAUUAUGAGGCGAUCACUCAGAUUGGUUCUACUCGCCGAAACUAUUGAUCAAUCUACAAUACAAGAUCGAUUUUU